GCCAGUGCUCUCAGACUUUCAAAAUGUCACCGGUGUUGUGUUUUCCUCUCUCUGUCUCUUUCCUCCUCUCGCUUUCCCUCUCUGACUUUCAACAUAUUUCCUCCGUUUUUUCUCAAAAAUACUUUCCAGCCGUAGCAGACUGCAGCAGAGCUGACACUGUGACUGCCGUUGGGUAAAGAGACUGCAGCAGAACUGACACUGUGACUGCCGUUGGGUAAAGAGACUGCAGCAGAGCUGACACUAACUGCCGUUGGGUAAAGAGACUGAAGCAGAGCUGACACUGUGACUGCCGUUGGAUAAAGAGACUGAAGCAGAGCUGACACUGACUGCCGUUGGAUAAAGAGACUGAAGCAGAGCUGACACUGUGACUGCCGUUGGAUAAAGAGACUGCAGCAGAACUGACACUGUGACUGCCGUUGGGUAAAGAGACUGCAGCAGAACUGACACUGUGACUGCCGUUGGGUAAAGAGACUUAAGCAGAGCUGACACUGUGACUGCCGUUGGGUAAAGAGACUGCAGCAGAGCUGACACUGUGACUGCCGUUGGGUAAAGAGACUGCAGCAGAACUGACACUGUGACUGCCGUUGGGUAAAGAGACUGCAGCAGAACUGACACUGUGACUGCCGUUGGGUAAAGAGACUGAAGCAGAGCUGACACUGUGACUGCCGUUGGGUAAAGAGACCGCAGCAGAGCUGACACUGUGACUGCCGUUGGGUAAAGAGACUGCAGCAGAGCUGACACUGUGACUGCCGUUGGGUAAAGAGACCGCAGCAGAGCUGACACUGUGACUGCCGUUGGGUAAAGAGACUGCAGCAGAGCUGACACUGUGACUGCCGUUGGGUAAAGAGACUGCAGCAGAACUGACACUGUGACUGCCGUUGGGUAAAGAGACUGCAGCAGAACUGACACUGUGACUGCCGUUGGGUAAAGAGACUGCAGCAGAGCUGACACUGUGACUGCCGUUGGGUAAAGAGACUGCAGCAGAGCUGACACUGUGACUGCCGUUGGGUAAAGUAAAAGAGAGGAUAUCUACACUAUUAUGGCUGAUGUUCCUGUUCCUCCUUCCUCACUGAGAACAGAGGGGAUCCUCCUGAGAGAGAUCCACGUCAACCUGCUGGAGUGUAAAGUCUGCUUCGAGAAGUAUAACCCACGGCAGAAGGAACGCCGGCCUCAGAACCUGUCCUGCGGCCAUGUGCUCUGUCUGGAAUGUGUCCGGGCGCUCUCCCACCCCGUCCUCAAGAAGCUUGAGUGCCCUUUCUGCCGGCAGCUGUGUGACGUUGACAGCACCUCCCACUGCCAGGCGCUGACAGACCUCCAGGAUCUUCUGCUCUCCCGCUCCCCCAGGUCACCUGUCCCUCAUCGGGUCAGAGGAGGCAGCGGCUGGGUCGGAGGUCUGGGCUCUGGAGCUCUGCGGCUUCGCUCAGCCUUCGGUGGCUGGGGGUCCCUGAUCAACCCCACAGGGGUGGCCGUGUUCGGGUCCUCUGGGACCAUGGUGGUGGUGCACGAUGGAGAAAGGAGGGUGGUGGUAUUCGGGCCUCAGGGCAGGCGGCUGCACGGGUUUGGGCGGAGGGGUUGCGGCCACGGGGAGGUGUGUCACCCGGUGGAUGUGGCGGUGACUCCCAGUGGGUAUGUGGUUGUGACGGAUGCCGGUGACGGUGCAGUGAAAGUGUUCACCACCAGGGGGAGUUAUGUUCUGGCGGUGUGGGAUUCCUUCCAGAUGCCCUGGGGGGUGGACGUGGACAGCUGUGGACAUAUCCUGGUCACUGACAUCCAGGCAGGCACGCUCUCCCAGGUUGUGGUGGACUUUGCCCGUGGCGUGACUCUGAUGAACCGAGCGGUCAUAACCGACCUCCAGCGGCCCAAGGCAGUGGCCUGCUGUCGGGUGACCGGGAACAUAGCCCUGGUGGAGACACUGGGGCUCACCACCACACAACCUCCAAAUGGCCCCCGGCCUACCAGACUGACAAUAUUCAACAAAGACUUUAACAUGCUCUCUCAGAUAGACAGCUUUACUCUGAGCCUGGGGGCCUCAGUGUGGCCCUAUAUGUCUGCCGUGGCCUUUGACAGGGACGGGGAUGUGAUCGUGAUAGACUCCCAGCGUGGGUUGAUUUGGAGUUUGGGAAAGCUCCAGAACGGCCCGGUCCUAACCCCCCUGGUCAGUGAAGACUUGGUUCGCCCGGUGGGGCUGGUCGCCACAGCACAGAACACGCUGAUUGUUUUAGACAGUGGAGACCAUGCAGUGAAGAUGUAUUCAGUUCAACCGGAUGCUAUUCUAGUCCGAAAAUGAUGUAGGAAGAGUUAGCUGUCUGGCUGACUUGUAUUGUGAAAAAAUACAUAAACAAAAUGCAUAAAGACUGGUGAUUCCACUGUUGUGAUGUAACACAAUAAA